CUCAUUGCCUCUCCUCUGUACUAGUCCUGCUAUUGUUGUGCGUCUUUUCUGGGCGACCCUCACCUACCAUCCGCCGGCGACUCCUUACACUUAACCUCGCGUGUUUACCGCCACGUUAAGCAUUGUUUUCUGGCGUGGCUGAGUGUCCUCUCUGUGUAGGGAUACAAAGAAAGGACCCUAGUGAAGGACUUAUUGGGAGCUGGUGAAGUAGUUAAUCGGCAUGGGACAGACGGAGGACUGAGAUUCCACGUUCAGAGCGCUUGUGUCGGCUGUUUCCUCCUAUUUGGAUUCUUCCGCGAGAAACUACAAAGCGCCUUGUGUUGGAGGACAGAAGGAGGGGAAAACGAUCACAGGACGCAUGUAGCCGACGUACGACGCUGCUAAGGUUGGUUUUAAGGCUUGACGAUGGGUUGCGUCAGGAGUAAAGAAGCCAAGGGCCCGGCGCUGAAGUACCAACCCGAUAACUCCAAUGUGGUGCCAGUCAGUGCUCACCUGGGCCACUAUGGGCCAGAACCCACAAUUAUGGGUCAAUCACCAGCCAUGAAGACGCAGAACAACAGCCACCCCGCUGCCCUUUCACCCUUUGGUGGAGUUUCUUCGGCCAUGACCCCCUUUGGUGGAGCCUCGACAUCGUUCACCUCCGUGACUGUGAACAACCCCUUUCCUGCUGUGAUCACAGGUGGAGUGACCUUUUUUGUCGCCCUGUAUGAUUACGAAGCAAGGACGUCAGAUGAUCUGUCGUUCAGAAAAGGGGAUCGCUUUCAGAUUAUCAACAACACGGAAGGUGACUGGUGGGAGGCCCGCUCCAUCAACACAGGAGAGAAUGGUUACAUCCCCAGCAAUUAUGUGGCCCCAGCCGACUCCAUACAGUCUGAAGAGUGGUACUUUGGGAAAUUGAGCCGAAAAGACACUGAGCGUCUCUUAUUGCUACCAGGAAAUGAGAGGGGUACUUUCUUAAUAAGAGAGAGCGAAACAACAAAAGGAGCCUACUCUCUCUCUUUACGUGACUGGGACGAGACAAAGGGAGACAACGUCAAACACUACAAGAUCCGCAAGCUGGAUAAUGGGGGUUAUUACAUUACUACACGAGCGCAGUUUAUGUCACUACAGAUGCUGGUGAAACAUUACACAGAACAUGUGGACGGUCUGUGCUACAAGCUGACCACUGUGUGCCCGACGGUGAAGCCGCAAACUCAGGGACUUGCUAAAGAUGCCUGGGAAAUCCCCCGAGAGUCCCUCCGAUUGGAUGUCAAACUGGGACAGGGCUGCUUCGGGGAAGUCUGGAUGGGCACAUGGAAUGGAACCACUAAAGUGGCAAUCAAGACGCUGAAACAAGGGACCAUGUCCCCAGAGGCAUUCCUGGAGGAAGCUCAGAUCAUGAAGAAACUCAGACACGAUAAGCUGGUGCCACUUUACGCCGUGGUGUCUCAGGAGCCCAUUUACAUUGUCACUGAGUUCAUGGGUAAAGGUAGUUUGCUGGACUUUCUGAAAGAAGGAGAUGGAAAACAUCUGAAGCUUCCACAGCUGGUGGACAUGGCUUCACAGAUCGCAGACGGCAUGGCCUUCAUUGAGAGAAUGAACUACAUCCACAGGGACCUCAGAGCCGCCAACAUUUUAGUGGCGGACAACCUGGUCUGUAAGAUCGCAGACUUUGGUUUGGCUCGGCUCAUAGAGGACAACGAGUACACGGCUCGUCAAGGUGCUAAAUUCCCCAUCAAGUGGACGGCCCCAGAAGCUGCUUUGUACGGUCGCUUCACAAUCAAAUCAGACGUGUGGUCGUUUGGAAUACUACUGACAGAGCUGGUAACAAAGGGCAGAGUUCCAUAUCCAGGUAUGGUGAACAGAGAGGUACUGGAGCAGGUAGAUCGCGGUUACCGCAUGCCCUGCCCCCAGGGCUGCCCAGAGUCGCUGCAUGAGAUGAUGAGGCAGUGCUGGAAGAAGGAGCCAGACGAAAGGCCGACGUUCGAAUACAUCCAGUCCUUCCUGGAAGACUACUUUACAGCUACGGAGCCACUAUACCAGCCUGGGGACAACCUUUAAUCCUGGGAUUUAGGUUAAACUCUAAGGUACAUUGGUGGAGAUCAAAAAAAUGUUUUACACUAAAAUAGCAAUUAAAAAGUAGGCCAUGACAACAUUGGCCUCUGAAAAUGAUUGUCCCUGAUGUACAAUGGGACCAAGUGUGCAAAUGGGUAUAUUACGCUCUGGGAAACUAUCAGAAUAAAUUCAUGCGAGCUGGCCACAACACUGUGAUACAGACAGAUGGAGGUGUUUUUUUUUUUUUUUUCCUCUCUAAACUUUUUAAAUGAUGGCUUUCUCCCACCUUCUUACAAUUUCCCUCUUUUUAUUAAGUCAGAUUUUUUUAAUCUGAAUCCAGAUCUUUUAUAUGAACUAUCGUUUGGUUUGAAUCCGUAAGUGGAUUAAGGACGUCUUUCUAAGCGACCAAUAACUGGUUAACUUGAGUAUGUGAUAUGAGUGUAAAGCAUGUGGCUAAUUAAAUAAAAAGGUCUGCUGAAUGGA